AUGGGUUCGCAAACGCCCCUCAAUCCGGUGUGGACAACGCAGUCGGUCCUGUCGACCUUGCCGCAUCCUCCCGAAGAGAAUUCGACUUCUCCCGUGCCAUUUUUCCACUUGCUCGAACGCCUGAAGACGACCAAACGUGAGGGAUGGCGCCGCUUCGGAAUCAGCCACGGCGAGUCUAUCUCUGACCAUAUGUAUCGCAUGUCUAUCAUGACUCUGCUUGCUCCGCCGUCUCUCUCCGCUCGGUUGAACGUCCCUCAUUGCACCAAGAUGGCUCUUGUCCACGAUAUGGCCGAGUCGCUGGUGGGCGACAUCACUCCCGUCGAUACCGACGUGCCCAAGGCCGAGAAGGCACGGCGCGAGGCUGUCGUCAUGGACUACAUUGCCGAUAAUCUACUUGGUGGUGUCCCUGGCGGUGGGCUUUCUGGGGGAGAGAUUCGUAAAGUUUUCCAGGAGUACGAGGACAACAAGACGCUGGAAGCCCAGUUUGUCCAUGACGUCGACAAGAUGGAGCUAUUGCUGCAGAUGGUCGAAUACGAGAGGGCCCACGAGAUCGAUUUGUCCGAGUUCUGCCAUGUGGCGGCGCGUAUCCAGCUUCCGGAAGUGAAAGAAUGGGCCGCUACUGUUCUUAAGGAACGUGAAGCCCUGUGGCAGAAGAAGGCCGCAGCGACUAAUGCUGUGAGCGCAUGA